UAUUUCUCCAGCGUUUCCUUUCAUUUCGUCACCAGAGGUUAGUGAAGUUGAUCAGACAAGCAGUUCGCAUUGUCAGUUUUAUUUUGACUCUUUUGGCAUCAUUUUUGGCUCAGAAACUCGUGAUACUUCAUAAGCUUGUCUCCUGGAAUAUAGCUAAACUGUAGCAGAAAUUAUAAUGCAUCGUCGUGGAACGUUGUUUUGUGCAUUACCAGUCUAUUAAAACGAACUAAGAAACUUUCUUUUCACAUAGUCCUUCUCUUGUCAUAUUUGAUGGCAAUUCUGUGGGACGGCAGUAGAUAUCUUCGGCGAGCGUGACUUCUAAAAUUAUGUAGCUCAUUGCCUGGUUAAUCUUAAUUUUUUGUUCUUCAAUUACAGAUCGAGGCAAAAUAAACCUUUUCCUGUUGGUUAGGAUAUUUCACCAGUUUGUGUUUAAAGAUUUAUUUGUAGUGGAAACAGAAAAGGAAUCAAAAUGCCUAAAGUGGUAAGUUCACUCGAGAAUUACUGACGUUGGUUAAGUUUUUAAGCAAGAAACUGAAACUUCGAGCUCAAUCUGGAUUUCUUGUUUCCUUGCAAGGAAUUCGAAAGUACGAAUUUGUGUACUUUAGUUUUCGAUUUGUUAUGAAUUAACAAGCUCAAAAUAUCUCUUAGGUCAACGUUCGAGUAACUACUAUGGAUGCGGAGUUAGAAUUUGCUAUUCAACCAAGCACGACUGGAAAGCAACUAUUUGACCAGGUUUGUAUAAUCAUAGUAUUUAUCUUUCUAUUCACAUGCAUAUUUUAAUUAACCGUGCAAUUUGUCAAUUCAAGCAGUGUUCAAUUCAUUUCCCACGAGAAAAGAAUCGCUGUAGCAUAAAUUAUCUGUGUAUUUUGUGCUUUGCCAAGGUCGUGAAGACGAUAGGACUGCGAGAAAUCUGGUUCUUUGGUCUCCAGUACACGGAUACCAAAGGCUUUGUAACGUGGCUGAAGUUGAACAAGAAGGUAGGCCGGCCUAUAUUUUUGCCAUGUAAAGAUUAUUUUGACAAAACCCAUGAUUCAGAUAAUUUCUAUGAUCGAUGUACUAUAAGCUUGCAUUUUUUAGUCUACCCAUCGUCAUGUACUGUCAUGAUGAGAGAUUUAAUAUUCAUUGUGUGGCUUGGUAAUAGAGUCUGACAGGAAGUGUGCAAAAUCAAUUUAGAAAACUUCCAUUGUCUUUUAAGUAUUCCAUAGUUUGGCAGUCAACUGUGGAAAAAAACUACAAAAGUUUACUAUAUAAUUGCCUGAAGAGGCAAAGCACAGAUUUGUUAUAUGCAUGCUUAUGUGAGACUAACAAGUUUUGAUGGGGCGUUACUUUCUGGGCUGCCUAUUGGGUAGUUUUGUGACAAGACAACCUAUUUGUUUUUGAAGUGUAUGGCUUGAUUGUUUUGAUCAGUUUGUUUGCCAAGAUUAAAAAACAAAACAAAACAUGAGUCAGAUAAGCACUUGCUAUUAAUGAAAUUAUCAUGUCACUUAAAUUGCAGUAUAGCUGCAUGUUCCUCUAUGUGAUUUAUAAUUGGAACUGUUGUUUUAAGUUUUCUGCAUGCUCCUUUUCACUCAUGAAUCUAUUUACCACGUUAUGAUGAGCACUAUAAUUUGGUCAGUCGUUCUAUUGGUCCAGAGUUGUAAACUUUUAUUGUAUGCAAGUGAGUCUCAUGAUGAGCAUGUGCUUGAUUUUUGGCGAUGAUUGAAAUGUUGCGCUAUUUUAAUCAUGUUUUGGCACAUUGCAAGUGAUGUAAUUUCCCUUGAGUCGAGGCCCUUGAUUUCGUUUAUUUAUUCAUGCAUACUUAUUGGUUCAGAGGUGAAGGUUACCAUUCUAUAGUUUAGUCUAAGAGGUGCAGUAAAUACCCUGAAGAACACACAACCAUCAGUAAAGCAGAACAUGAAAAACUUAAAUAUAAUUAUACAGUUAAAAUGGACGGCUGAGAAACGGCAGGCAAAUGGAUAUCUAGAGCUUUAAAAUGGUUUCCCAGGCUUAUCGAACUGUUAAGCUAAAUUUUCUAGUGUAUGGGCUAAAGCAUUUUAAUGUCAAAGCAAACUGUUAAAACAACUAAGGAAAAGCCAGUUAAAUGGAUGGUUAUUAAAGAACGAUUUAAUGGCUUUAAACCAUACAGCUGCCGUUUUAAAUGCUUUCUGAAAUCAACUAAAUGGUCCAGGAUCAUGUUUGUCGUUUAAACUGCUUAUUAAAUUAAUCUAACAGAUGGGGAUUACCGUUUUAACAGAAUGGGUUGAAAUGAAAAUGUUUUGUGUAAUGGGUUAACGGUUUGAUAAAAUGUCUAAAUGGAUAAAAAACCGAUAGCCGUUAGUGUACGUUUUCCCAUGCGAGGUCACAUAUCGGGGAAAUCCUGUCAGUGUAGGAGGCCACAUUUUUAUAUAUGAAGGCAAAGAGUUUGAAGACCAUGCCUUUCUCAUAUUUGAAGCAAUUCGUGGAAUUCUACAAUGAAACAGAUUUAAUUGUUCUUUGCAAAUGCCCUUUGUUAUAGUUAUUUAUUAUUAAUGUAAGUCUAAAAUGUUUUCCACCAUUUUUAUCCCUUAACCCUUUUACUGCCAAAUUUACCCAAAAGCAAAUUUUGACAAAAUUUCAUCUUGUGAAAUUUUCAAAAAACAACUAGCCCCAUGUGUAAGUACAGGCAGAGAGAUUUUAUUUGAAUAGUCACAUCAUAGGAUUUGGUCCACAGACUCAAAAGAUAGAGUCACCUUACAAAACUCCAUCAGGCACUCUGGCAGUGAAAGAGUUAAUAAAAUCUCCACAUCAAUUAUGCUUAGCACUAUCAAUUCAGCCCUUAUACGACUACAAUGAAGACAUUGACUACAUUUACACUUAAAAAGGGGCAAUCUGCUUAUUGAUCCAUGUCGGGUGUAUAAUCGCGGGUCCCUUGACUAUUUGUGCGCUCACAAUGGAUGCCAACACAUCCUUUGACUCUCUGACUUAGCCUUUGACUCUCUGACUGAAAUGUAACUUAAGAAAAGCGAUAAUUCGAAGCUUCCGCACUACUUUCCUUUAUAUUAGCAAUUGCAAUCACUCAACGUGUAAAUUAUUUUGACUUAUAUAAAAUAUUUUAAGGUGUUAAGCCAGGAGAAUGUAUAGAAUGCUAGAAAAACAAAUAUGAAGUCGAGCAGUUUUGAAUUGCGCUCAAAGUUGUUUUCAUCUGUAUGCAAAUUACCUGUCGUUUCCAUCAAACUGAAUUAUCCUGGCUUUUUUACCACUUUUCAAUUUGCUCUGUUUCAUUUUAUAUUGUUUUUGUGAAACGGUAAUUCUUUCAUGUGAAUUUAUGCUUUCAAAAGGAAAAAAACUUUGAGGAAACGUUGCGUUUACAGACCCGGAGAUACAAGUGUAUUUUGCUUCACGUACACUUAUAUAAAAAAUUACCCUUCUUUUGGCAGAUUUUGCUGGAGAUAAAAAUAUUGCCUUUGAUUUCUCAGAUGCUUGCCUUUUUGGGCACCCUGUUUAUUUUGACUAUCAGGAUUUUUUAGGCUUUGCCUCAGACUAAUCAUUCCAAAGUUUUAAUGCAGGAAAGUUAUGAUAAAUGCUGUUANUGUGCGCUCACAAUGGAUGCCAACACAUCCUUUGACUCUCUGACUUAGCCUUUGACUCUCUGACUGAAAUGUAACUUAAGAAAAGCGAUAAUUCGAAGCUUCCGCACUACUUUCCUUUAUAUUAGCAAUUGCAAUCACUCAACGUGUAAAUUAUUUUGACUUAUAUAAAAUAUUUUAAGGUGUUAAGCCAGGAGAAUGUAUAGAAUGCUAGAAAAACAAAUAUGAAGUCGAGCAGUUUUGAAUUGCGCUCAAAGUUGUUUUCAUCUGUAUGCAAAUUACCUGUCGUUUCCAUCAAACUGAAUUAUCCUGGCUUUUUUACGACUUUUCAAUUUGCUCUGUUUCAUUUUAUAUUGUUUUUGUGAAACGGUAAUUCUUUCAUGUGAAUUUAUGCUUUCAAAAGGAAAAAAACUUUGAGGAAACGUUGCGUUUACAGACCCGGAGAUACAAGUGUAUUUUGCUUCACGUACACUUAUAUAAAAAAUUACCCUUCUUUUGGCAGAUUUUGCUGGAGAUAAAAAUAUUGCCUUUGAUUUCUCAGAUGCUUGCCUUUUUGGGCACCCUGUUUAUUUUGACUAUCAGGAUUUUUUAGGCUUUGCCUCAGACUAAUCAUUCCAAAGUUUUAAUGCAGGAAAGUUAUGAUAAAUGCUGUUACUGAAUAAAGUCAUGCAACUCAUUUUAAGACUGCAUAAAUUGAUCUUUCUGCUAUCUUUUGUUUUUCUAUUGUCUCCAAAACAAUCAAGAUGUUUCACCAGUUUUCACUUACAAAUAACAGGAGACGUUUGAUUGCCCGAGAAAUUUGUAUUUACUUUCAACACGUUUCAAUAGGUGCAAUUUCAUAAUGUGUUGGUUACAAGAACAGGUUUACAAAAUUGGCCCCACCAAUUUCUCAACUAGGAAAGAAUUAGUGACUACUGGUGUUAAAAAAAAAGUAAAAUGUCUGAGAGCUUUUGAAUCAUUAAAUGGAACGCAGUGCAUAAGCGAAAAGUGAUUUAUAAUGCUAGGUACUUUUCACUUUGUCGUGAUUGGGCGAGCUGCUUUGGGUUCUUAUUAACCCAUAGAACUUACCUCUGGAACUGUCACAAGAAGUUCUAUUGUUCUUUUUUUUUGCGUAUCCAUGGAAAUUUCCCCCAGGCAAUUUUGGGGAAGUUGGUUUCACACAAAAAGUCGCUUCCGCACGGGCAACAGCCAUUUGCCAAGAGGGAAAACAGGUUGUAUAACUGCACCUAUUAAGUAUGAUCAUUUCACUUUGUCAGAUCACCUGGAAAAAUAGCUUUCAAUCCACAUGAAUUAUUAGGAAUUUAAUCAAUUUGUCUGACAGUAUUUCUGUGAUCUACAAUUUCCCAAAAAACUUCACUUGCCUGUCAGGCAAGUUAUUAGUUAAGAAUGCAUAAAAAUCAACUAGCCCUGGGCGAUCAGACAUGACUUCCACAUUUCCUUGUCACCCAAAGGAAAAAAUCACCUUCAGCCACCAGCCCAGGUGCUGCUAUACCAGAUCCCUUUUGUUUUUUGAUUUUCUAUGCUCUGUUAAAGUUCUUUUUUCUGUCAGUGCCAUAAAGCCUGCUGUGUUGUCUUGUCAUAUUUUGUUUAAAGUAGACAGAGUGUUAAAGCUGUUGUUAGGGUAGUGUAUAUUAGAGCCUCACCCUUAACAUGACAUUUACAGCAGCAUCAAUAUCAGUGUUAAUUUUAAGUGAAACUGUAUGAAAUUGAUCUACUGACAAGAAUUUUAUUAAAUUUACUUUGACAAUUUCUCAAUUUUCUUUUUUAUUAGGUUAAUAGCCAAGAUGUUAAGAAAGAGUCACCACUUCAGUUUAAGUUUCGAGCAAAAUUCUACCCAGAAGAUGUUUCUGAGGAACUCAUUCAGGAAGUCACAAGGGUAUGUAUAUGAUUGUUAAGGGCGAGGUACAUGGCUUUUAAAAAGCCUGAACCAUGACAGAUAAGGCCACAGUUAAAUGAUGAAUUAUGCAUAUUAUGACUAUAAAUUAUUUAAAUAAAUUUUUAGAAUUAUGAUGCCAUAUUUUGACAGCACACUAUGAAAUGAGUUCAAAUGAAGAUUUUCCAUUUUCGCACCUACAUUCUGUGCUGCAAUUGGGUCAGUGUCACAACAAACAUUAAGAGCAGCAGUUUACAGUCAAUUCCCUCUAUAGCGGACACCAUGGGGACCUCAAGUUAGCAAGAGUCCAUAAUAAUUUUGUGUUUAAUUCAGCCAAACGUCUGUAAUUUAUUUUUGGGCCGGGAUUUAGCUGCUGUCCAUAUUAAGGGACUCUAGCUUAAUAUACUUGUUUAAUUUAUAUUUUGGAAAUUGCUUUUUGAGGAAAUACAUUUUUGAAAAUGACACGUUUAUAGCAGGUCUAACACCUUAAGAAGAUAUUGCACAUGUGGAGAGUUAUAUAGGACAAAGUGUUUGUCUUUGCAUUUUCCCAUCUUGUAUUAAAGUAUAUUCAUUUUAAGAUUUUAAUAACAACAGUGUCAGAAAUUAUUAACAGUGACAAAAGUGUAAUUCUUCUUGUUAAUUUCAUCACUAUCUUUCUUUGUGAAAGUUGAAACUGUCUGUUUUUGUAGAGGCUGUUCUUCUUACAAGUUAAGGAAGACAUUUUGACGGAAAGAACAUAUUGUCCUCCAGAAACUGCUGUUUUGCUGGCCUCUUUUGCUGUAAGUUAAAAUGAUCAGAUUUUAAUGAUUUAAUACUAGCUAAUUGGGCUGAUCAUGGAGACAGCACAGGGUAACUGUGCUAUCUUAUCCUGAGGGUUCGAAGUUAAAAAGUCCUCUGGUUGCUUUUUGGUGACCAACUGGAGAAAUAUAGCCAACAGAUGCAAAUUUUUAGUUUCCAGUUUGUAUAAUUUAAAUGAUGUAGCUUAUAGUAUGGCGCGAUCCAUCAGAUUUGAUUGUUUGAAAAUAUUUUGGACAGAAGUCAGUAUAAAUUUGGAGGUAAACUGUCUUUGCUUAUGCGAUUUGGCACAUUUUUUGUGACGAAAGCAAAGAAAAAUAAGAUAAAAUGUUUGUUUUAACUUUAUUCUUUGAAUGUAAAUCUAAAUCAUAGAUAAAUCUCGUCGACUAAACCAGAAUUUUUAGUCGCCAAGGAGAAAAUGUUAGUCACAUUGGUGGCCAUAUCAGUCACAAUUUGGUCAGACAAAAUAGGUCAUCAUAAUUUGGCCUUGCUUUGAAACGGAGCCUGGGGCAACCUUGGAAAUGGCGUAUUGAGAUCGUGGUUACAGAAUGAUAUCCGGCAGGAGUUGAACCCGACAGUUUUCUGAAUAUCGAUCUAUUUUCAUAUCUGAGCAGUCCUGAUCACAAAUUAGGCACUUAAGUACAAAAUUAAGGAUGUUACCUUCUUCAUCAAGGAAUAAAAAAGACCAAGACAAGCCACUAAAAUAACAGCGUGAUUACCCUAGUGGGGCAAAGAGAUGGCUGAGAAUUCAGACUAUAACUAUGUGGCUGUUUCCUUAUGUACAGUUGCAAGCUAAGCAUGGAACAAGAAGUCCAGAGGUGCACAAUCAGGAGUUUUUAAAAGCUGAAAGAUUAUUGGCUGAAAGGUAGAAUUUAAUUCUUUAUUCAAUUAUUGUUCUUUGAUUUUAGUGUUAAAAAAUUCUCACUUGUUUUACCCUCUAACAAGCAUUCCUAGGAAGAUUGAAGAUUUGCAUUUGACCACCCCCCUUCCCCCCACCUCCUCACCCCCUCCUUACUAUUUUGUUUUCACCCCAACAGUCAUGACCUACUUAAAUAAGACUGUCUUUAAUGGGAAUGCUUGUUUUGCAGGCUUGCUUUGUCAUUUAUAGUUUAUCUUAUGUGCUUUAAAGUUGUUUCUUAUAUCUUAUGCUUGCAGAGUAAUGCAAACCCAUGCAAAAGACAAUCUUCCAGAAAAAGUAGCACAAUGGUGGUCUGAACAUGCCAUGUUGUCAAGGUGAAUCAUGUAAUAGGACAUUUUAACCCUUUAUAUAUGUUCCAAGAGUCAUGUCUGACUCAAAACAUAAUCAUGUGAAAACAAGGCUACUAAUGAGAAAGAGGAAAUGCGUCCGUCUUUUAUCAAAUUCUCCAUUUAUGUCCAGAAAUGCACACAAUGGCGGAUCUGGCAAAAAAUCUCCAGAGUGCUGGCAAAAAUUUAAUUUCAAUGUUAAGCCCUAGGGUAGAGGGGCUGGGUAUCCCUGGGGAAUUUGACUGUAUUUCCUUUCCCCUGGGUGGGGAAUAAUUAAAGAUUUGAUGUGAUGCAAGAUCUUGAGGGUGGGGGUGUUUGGCAAGAUCUCGCAAAUGCCUGGAAAUUAGCCUCAGCCUACCAUCUUGAAAACAUUACCCAGAGUUCCUUGGGAUUGCUGUUUUGCGCCUGCUUACCAUUUUGGAAGUUGCUUCUCAUUGCCCAUUCAAUUUUGAAUAUUAAUUUGUAUGACUAAACAGAUUUAAAAGGUGCUUGAUUUAAGGAGAAAUGCCUCUGUACAAAGCGUGGGACAUAACUAGAUGGAAAUAUGCAUUGAAAUUUAUAACCUCUUAAAUCAAACAACAUUUACUGCCAGGGAAGGGGUAUGAGUAUGCCCAGCCCACCCUACAAUUACUGGUGCAUAAAUGAGAUUACGAGAGGUGCUCCCUGUAAAGUAGAGAAGUUGACGAAAAUGGCGAAUCUGACGUGAACGGCAAAUCUGGCAAAAAUUCUCCAUGGGUUUGGUGAAUAUUCAAUUUGGAUGCGAAACAUGGCCCCUUAGAGAUUGGCGAUUAUGACAAAAAUGGCGAAUGACGAAGACAGUGAAAGCUGGCCAGCAAUGGCAAAUCCAGUGAAAAAAACACCAGGGCCCAGUUGUUCGAAGGCCGAUUAGCGCUUAACCCGGGGUUAACUUUAACCCCUUGGUUUCUUUUUCUUGUGUUCAAAAGCAUUUCCUCGGAUAAUUUUCUCUCUUAUUUUUAGAGCUUCCAAUUAUCAACUUGUGGACAAAAAGAAUUAAAACUGAAUUGCUUUUUAAGCUUUCAAAUCUGAAUUCAAAUCUCACACUAACCCUGGGUUAUCUUAACUCAGCUUUGAACAACUUGGCCCAGAGGGUUGAGAGGGCUAUUUUGGCAAAGAUGGCAUAUUUGGCAAAAAUGGCAAAUAUGGCAAACACCCACCAAAGUCUUAGCAAAAAUUUAAAUGAAAUGGCAAAGGGGCCUUUUGAAAGAAAGGGGCAAUUUUGAGAAAAAAAAAAAUGAAAAUGGCUAAUAUGGCGAAAAUUUGUCAAAGCCUUAACUGCAUGUCAAAUAGGAUGGCAUAGGGGUCCCUUGAAAAGUUGCGAUUUUGUAGAAAAUGGCAAAAAUGGUGAACGUGGUGAAAAUUUCCCCAAUUCUCCCAACUAAAUUUCUUGUAAUAGAAGAUCCAAACACAUGUGAUCAAAUUGAGUUCUAUGUGUUCCACUUGUGCUUACUGGAAGUGCUAAAGAGUGCUGGCUACAUACCAGUACCUUUUGUGUAUGUUUUAUAUCAACCUGGAGAUUAGGGUACUAACAGGCUCCUCUGGUCGCCCGCAAUUAAGAUCACCAAACAAAGUGGCUAAGUGAAUUAAAGCAGAGUCCAAAUGUCAUAUUAAAAUGUUUGAGUGAAACCAAAGAAUUAGCUAAAGUGGUAUCGUAAAAUAAUUUUGUUUCUGGGACCAGAAGGAUUUGAUUCUACUUGCACUGUGGAAGACUAGCAUCUUGAGUUAUUUUGAGCCCCAAGGAAGCAGAAGCAUUUGAUAAUCAUUAAUGCCUGAGAGGUUGUUUUGUUCUUAUAGGGAAGAUGCUAUGAUUGAGUAUCUUAAGACUGCUCAGGAUUUAGAAAUGUAUGGUGUCAACUACUUUGACAUCAAAAACAAGAAAGGGACAGAGCUAAACCUUGGUGUAGAUGCAUUGGGUUUGAAUAUUUAUGAAAAACAAGACAAGUAAGUUUUAAUUUGGUAUUAGAACCAUUUGAAUAGGGUUCAAUAGUAUUAAAAUGAUUAUUGAUGUUAUGAUCUAGUGCAUCCCAGUGAAAAUUUUUAAUACUGUUGGAGUUUACUAGCGAUGGUAAAUUCUCCCAUUACAUAUAACAUGUCAGCAAAAGAGAUAUGUUGACUUCUGGCUGUGAAAUGUAAAAUGGAAAUUUUUAAUUUUUUUUUUUAUCCAUUACCAGGCUAACACCAAAGAUUGGAUUUCCUUGGAGUGAAAUAAGAAAUAUCUCUUUUAAUGACAAAAAAUUUAUCAUCAAACCCAUAGACAAAAAGGCACCGGUAAGUCAUGUUGCUAUUUUAAUUAAAGAAAUCAAGCGGAAUAUGAUAAUGAUUAAGUCUUUUUUGUCUAAGAGAAUAUUUUAUGCAGCCAUUAAACUUAUUGUUAAUUUCGUAAUUUUAGGAUUUUGUUUUCUAUGCAUCACGGUUGAGGAUAAACAAACGAAUUUUGGCCCUUUGCAUGGGAAACCAUGAACUUUAUAUGAGGCGCAGGAAGCCAGACACCAUUGAAGUUCAACAGAUGAAAGCUCAAGCUCUGGAAGAAAGACAAGCAAAAUUGAAAGAAAGGUAAGCUUUCUUAUCAGUGAUUAUGUUAAUGAAAUGUGUGUUGAAAGAUUCAUUACAGAGAAAUUGCCUACACCUUGUACUCAUUUACUAUAACCAAUUUGCCACUAUAUCUUGCACUGUAAAAUGAUGUUCAAAGCAACCUAAGCCAUUUAGCGGCCACCAGAGGAAAAGACCUAAUCUGCAAACUAUGGUUGCUUUCAUUCCCAUUUCAGAUUCCCUCUAUUUGACUACUAAACAACCAGAUUCACUGAAGUACUUAGGGUGCUUUUUUUUUGGGAGAGUUCCAAAACAGAUUUGUUAUCUCAGAUCAUAUGGAUUCUUCACUUAACCAAAAAAAAUUGAAUCGGAAAAAGGAUCGUUUACCAUGACAACGGCAUUUCCUCAUGCUCCUCGUGAUGAGAAAAAUAGGGGAAAAAACAACAAACUGAUCCUUGUGGCGAAGACAAGAAGGAGAAACAACUUAAGCUAUUUAUGAAUAUACAAAAUGUAUAUAUUUCAGUUUGAACCCAAAUGUCUCUAGAAUUCACCGAAUUUUGGGGCAGUUCAGGUGUAAGUGGGCUGAUACUGUCCUUGAUUGGGUGUCCUGUGAUGAGAGAUCACAGUGGUAGAUUGUAGAGUGCAGUGUGUAAUAAGACCCUGCUUUUUUAUGCCAGUCUCAUUCUGACUGCAGCUUGAUGUAAAAUCCAACUUUGUCCAUCACUGAUAUGAGCUUCUUCAGCUUGUUGUUCAAGGACUAUGUGGUGUUUCUCAGACAUUCAACUCCAAAGUUGCUUUGUUUUGCUCUUCCCUUUGACAGUUAUUUUCUACUUAGUUGGUUUUUUUUGCUUUUCGUACAUUGAUCAUGACUUCUCUUCGAAUAAUCGUUUAUUUAAAUCCAGAAUAUGCAGAAAUAGGUGUAAUUCUAAGUGCUGUUGAAGCUAUUUUGCCUUUGUGUUGUUGUUGUUGUUGUUAGUUUUUUUAACUCUGUGUUGUAUGAUCAUUGUGAUUGCACAGCAUGACCAUGAAACUGCUAUGGACUUGAAAAAUUGCCAUCUAGGCUAUGAUAAAAUUCUUAUCCCAUAGUUGACGUUGCAUUCUUGUUCUAUUUUAGGCAAAAACUGGAGCAAGAAAAGGUGGCCCGCGAGAAAGCUGAAGCAGAAAGAAAGAGAUUAGAGGAAGAAAUAGCUCAACUUAAGGCUUCACAGGAAAAACAAGCAAGAGGUUGUCAUAACCUGUGCAGUUUAUUGUUGAGUUUCAUGAUUAUGUUCUGUGCAUCAUACAGCAAUUUACAACUUUAAAUAUCUCUUCUCCGAACUGCUGUUUUUUAAAGGAUAAAUUUUGCCAGUUUACAAGGUCAGGAACUUCAGCGUUAAUGGGCUGUCUGUAUUAAGUGUGUCGUGUUACUUAAGUCAAAAUGAACUUUUCAUUAAGUGAAACAAAAUAAGAUAAUGUUAUUGUCAAAGUAUAUGAAGUUUUCUACACAAAUGUAAGUGAAAAAAGACCAAACUUUGGUCCAUUGUCACCAUUUCAAGAAGGAAUGGGCAAAAUUAGUCAUCAGAGCAACAAGUUAUUUACUUCUUAUGGGUUUGUAAUGCGGAAAAAAUUAUCAAUGUACAUUAUGAUGCAGUUAGAUUUAGCAGCACUCUACAUGAGCAAUUUUUUUCUCUUGUGCAGCUGGUUAAUUGUGAAAUUUCUUUCAUUUGGAUAGCAGUAUUGUGAAAACAAGUAGAUGAUUCAACUGUUUACCUCAGUUGCAUAAUGCAUUUGCAUAAAUAUUUCUGUUAUUUUUGCUGCUUUUGUUUAACUUUUUUCAAUUAAUACUAUUUCAAAAAGAAAAAUGCAUUAUUUAGCAAUACUAUUGAGAUGAUAUACUCUGGGGAAGCUGUUCAAAGCACUAACCCAUGAUAAAUCACUGCUGUUUGUGUUUUAAACAUCACUUAGAGCUGAGAUGACAAGGUAGUGUCGAUUAGUGAAUUGAAAAACAAAACGUAAAAAAAAGUGGGUGUUGUCAGACUUAAAAUAUGUCUGUAUAAUGGGGUUGAAUUUAGAGAAAAUAUUAGGGCUAUCCCCAAGGACAAAGAAAACUGUCUGUUUUAAGUUGCCUGUAUUCCCAUAAAGCACUGGGUUGACUUUAAUCAGUGGUUGUAUUAUAAUUGUUUAUUGAAAUUCUGUGAUUUUAUCCAUAGAAAAGAGAGAGGCAGAGGAGAAAGCUGCAGAGUUGGCCAGGAAAAAAGAAGAACUAGAACAAGAAACCAGAAGGAAAGAAGAAGAGAGCAGAAUGCAUUUAGCUGAAAUAGAGGAAAUCAGGAAGAAAAAAGCUGAGGAUGAGGAGGAAAAGGAGAAAUUGGUAUGUCUAGACUGCGAACAACAAGUCAGGAGUGUUAUUUGUUUUUUGUCUUGUAGUCAACUUUUUGGCUUGAUCUGGUUUCUUACUUUUGUCUGCCAGGCAAGAGAGCUACAGGAAAAGGAAGAAAGAUUUACAAAGUUAGAGGAAGAGGAGAAAAGAGUAAAAGAGGAACAGGAACGAAUUCAGCAAGAGGUAACAAUCACAGAAAAAAAAAUUGCUAACUAAAUUAUUGAUGUUUCCAAUCCAGUGCCUGCCUUGUUUCUCCUAAAUCUAGGGUUUUUAGAACAGUGAAUAUCACUGAAAAUAGAAGGUCAAGUGUUAAUGUUUGACUGAGACAUGCACACAGCUUGUUCACUUCAUUGAAGUUGAAUUGUUUCCUUCAAGAAAGUUUCAUACUUUGGCCAAACCACUAAAUAGAUUAAGGUGGUUUUGUCAGAGGGAGCAUUCAGUUACCUAGGUAACCACUAUUGGAAAACAUUUUGGCAUCAGAAAUCUUUCAUAUCUUAUGGGAAAAGUAGACUAUGAGUAGUCCCCCAUUUUUCCUCAGGGACAGUAGAGUGAGCAAAACGCAAACGCGCGUGAAAAUCACCGCACUUGAGAAAAGGCGGCACGGGGUGGGGAUUUUCUCGCGUGGGAUGAUUUUCCGUGUUUCACUCGCUCUACUAUCCCUGAGGAAAAAUGGGGGACCACUCGUAGUCUAUGGGAAAAGGUCAAGGGUGUUUAUUUUGUUAGGCCAAAUUAUUACAGAUGAUUGAUUGGUUGCUAGGCAAUCAUCUAGAGAAUUUUAGAAGUGCAAACAUUAACAAGAAAAAGAACUGUUUCAAGUUUUGCUGAAUUUAUGAGAUUGAUGAGAAGAUUUCAGGAAAAUCACGGUGGGAUGUGUUGUUUAUCCUUUUUUUAAAUGUUGUUUAUUAGCUUGAGGCACAAAUAGAAGAGAACAAGAAACUUCAGGAGCAAGCCACUGCAUUGCAAGAACAGGUUAUGGUGCAGGAGAAAGUUGAAAUGGAGGAACAACAGACAUCCCUGGAAGCUGAGCUCACCAUUGAAAAUAUACAAGGGGACAGGUCAGAAGAGGAUCGACUGACAGAGGCGGAAAAGAAUGAACGCCAGAGAAAGAUGCUUCAGGUAUGAUACAUGAACUAUGCAAAUUCAGUGACACGUCAAGCGUCAUAUAUAGAGUUUUUCCUUGCUGGCGAAUUUGAGGUGUACGAUCUUGCCCUUCUCAGGGCGCGAAAAGGGUCUUGUCUGGUCUUCCAGGGCAAUUAGAUUUUCUUGGUGGGCAAGUAGCUUUUAAAGCUUACUUGCCCAAAGGCCGAAGGUCCAGCCAAGUCAUGGUCUAACAAAAUCAUUAGCUAAGACAAGUAAUUGGUGGCCCCAGGCAAGCAAAAUGGGACAUCUGCUUGGUCAAAGGACAAGCUGGAAUUCAAUUUUUGUUUUCGAGCUCUGCUUCUACAGCAUUCCCAUCAAGAUUUGGUAUGGUUUUCAGUAUGGAAUUUUACGGUAUUGUGUGGAACUGUUCGGUGAUUCUUCCAAGACUUAUACACUCUACCUUUUGAAGUCUACAAGUUUUGGUUAAUUAACUCCUUGUUAUCUGGCUAAAAAUGAACCAAAUUCACCACAUUUUUUAAAAACAAUUAUAUCUUUGCAGGUAUUUAGAGCAGCUUAAAAACCUAUACCUCUUUUGAAAGGGCAAAAGAUAAUCUUUCAGGAAAAAAAUAUUCACGUUCUGAAACCCAUAAUAUUUCACACAAAAAAUAGCAAGAUUGGGUGAAUACUAAUUUGCAUACCAGAAUUUGACACCUGGAGUAAAUAGCUGUAGUUUUCAAAUGUUAAUAUCUUUUCUUGUAGCAACUGCAAGAAGAUUUGCAGAAAGAAGAGAAGAACUAUUCUAGUUAUGAUAAGCUUCAUAUGCAAAACCAGAAAGAAGGACGAGACAAGUACAAAACCCUUAAACAGAUAAGACAAGGGAACACUAAACAGAGAGUUGACGAGUUUGAAGCUAUGUAAAAACAUUAUUAGGGAAUGCCAUGGUAAACAAAGGUGAGAGUCUUUAUCUUGUCACUUCCUAAGAUUAUUUAUGGCUGGAGUAAAGUAAUUUUACCAAUAGCAUUGUAAGGACUGUUGGCCAGAAUAGUUAGCACUAGACUUGCCUGACAUGUAAAGUGCAAAAAUUGUACAGCCAUCUCCUUUUACGAAAAUUAAUUAAAGGUUUAGAUCCUAAAGAAACGUACGUGGUACAUCAGUUUAGACGUAAAAACUGACAAUUUGAGUGCCAACCCUUAGAACAAUAGGUCAUACUUGGCUCUGAGGCUAGUGAAGGGAAUACUUAAAGCAAAAGAAAUGGCAUUAGUAUUCAGGGAUGAAUUGUUCAUUACCCCUUGGCCUUAGAUAUAAAUGUUGGGUAUUGAUUCUGGCCAUGGCUGACAGUUGUUACCAGUCCCCUUUAUAGUGGCCUGUUCGCGUUCAGUUAUGAACUUCUCUACUUUGGAGACAUUUUACAGAAUUGUCAGUUUUCAAAUCAGUUGUGGCUGCACAGAAGCUGUACAUGCUGAAAUUUGCAUGCAUUAGCAAAGCCUACUCUUUAGGUACAGUCGAACCGCCCCUUACAGACAACUUUCUAUGGCGUCCUCACUGUCCGGGGUAUGAACAAAAUGCUCUUAUGUGCAGAAAUGCAUGCAGUGGCGAAAAUGGCAAAUCUAGCAAAAAUUCACCCGAGGGUUGGCAAAAAUUCAAAGGUGAUGUUAAGAGGUGCUACCUGUAAAGUUGCGAAUUGACGAAAAUUGCAAAAAAGGUGGUCAUUUGUCAGAGGGUUGGUGAAAAUGCAAAUGAGAUGUCAAAAGGUGCCCCUUGUAAAGUUGCGGAUUUGAUGAAAAUGGCGAAUUUGACAAAAAUGGAAAAUUUGGCGAACAGUUGUACGUCCUGAACGUCAACAAUAACAAGUGGAAGUACAUCUUUUCUCUCUUUUACUGGUCUGACUCAAUAACAUAACAAUACAGGAGUAGAAACUAAAGUUUCAAAUUUGGUUGUGUGCAACUGAAGCGUUUCAUCAAAAUCAGAAGAAAACUUCGCCUUCCAGUCUUGACGUCCAAGACGUCAGCGUUCUCGUUGCUCGUCAUUAGGGACUUUAAGAUUCAACGACGCGGACGGCAACGAGAACGUCCAAAAAACAAUAGGUUUUAUAAGCAAAACAACAACUUUGCACGUGUAUCACGCUUUUUGGUAAAAUUCUAAGCCCGUUUUUCCACGACUAUGACGUGAAAAUGCCUAAUUUCGCGUUUUAUGAAAGAUAUAAACAAGCAACGACGAAAUUUUAUUUCUCUUUUUGAACUUGGAUAUUGGCCCUAGGAUUUCAAUUCCAGGAGGGUUCGCCUAUAUUUGACAAAGUGAGUGGGUAGGAAUAAUUGCGAUAAAGACUGAAAGAACGCAAAUUCACUUUUUAAGCAACGUUCUCGUUGACGUCAUGUCGUUGGAUCUUAAAGUCCCUAAUAUCUCAAAAUGUUGUCCUCCUCUCUCUUUUUUUAGCUUUUCCAUACAUCUGUAAUGUGUUACUGUUGUGUAAUUUCUCAACUUUUUCUCAAUUUUUUUUUGUCUUAUUCUUCCACCUCAAUUAGUAUUAUAUGUUUCCUUAGACGAUGAACUUUACUCCACUUUGUCUCUCUUGACCAAGGUGUCUAAAUGGGUACCAGCCACAUACUCCUGGGGGGUAAACCUACGAUGGACUACCAUCCCGUUAAGGGGGAGUAGCAAUACUCCUGGGCGUACUUCAUGCCAAGGAAACCGGGAUAAGCUCCAGCCAUUUAUACCUUUGCUUUUGUUACCUUUAUCAGUAGUGACAGAGUACCUUGUAUGAUUCAUGCAUUCUUUUUUUGCCUUUUUUAGAUGCUGAUACUGUGUCUUUGAUAUGGGACCAUGUCAGUUAGCGUGAAUGAGCUGCUGCAUUCACUGCUUACUACACUGUUAUCCGCUAUGGGAACAUGAUUAUUUUGCACAUUCGAAAAUUUGAUAUGAGCAUAUUAUUAUUAAUUAAUUAUUAGAUUUUGUAAGGUUAGGGUAUAAUAAACGUUAGUAAGAUUUUAAAUAUAAGCACUGCUUAUUAUUAUAGUUACAAACCGUAGACACUAUAAUCUCUCCUGAAAAUAACCCCGGUUGUAAGAGACAAAUCCUUUCAGUUAUAAACAAACAGUACAAGGUGUUUUUAAUCAAUGGACAGUAUGUUAAAGACCAUUUGUACUGUGGAAAGUAAGCACGCUGCCCAUUUUAUUUUGUUUUGCAAUGUUUUUUUUUCUUUUAGUUACUUAAAAUGCAUAGAAAAAAUUCCCGGUAGUAUAAGUGAAUUAACAGGAGUGCGGAGCUUGUAUUCGAAAUUGUACAUUUUGUGUAUUCCUGGUUCUUUUCUGGUCCUGUUCCAUAGUCUUGAGGCCGCUAAAUGGACCUUUGAAAUCUCCCUUGAUUCUAUACCCAUGACAAGUUUGGUAGGACCAGUGUCAACUUCAGGUUUGGAUUGUGAUUUGCCUCAGUUGAUGCAAGGUCGAUAAUUAUUUUGUUGAUGUAAUUCUAAAGUUUACUAAAUCUCUUAUUAUACUAUGUAUUUCAAGAGUCUUGAUUCCUAAUGUCACAGACAAGUCAAAAGAAAUCAGCAGACGACCUGUAGUUUCAUGCAGGUUUUGCCGUUGUUAUAUUAUAAUCACAUUUUGUUAGUAAAUAGUUAGAAGCUAUUUUUCUGCAUUGGUAUAAUAAAACAAAG